AUGGCCGAUUCUGGCAGACCCGAGUCGCGAUCCAGUUUCAAGGAGAAUAUGGCGCCACCGGAUGCCGACCAGUACGAGAAAUACCGCAAAGAAAUCGAGUCACUGAAAGCGGAGAUUGGCACUCUCAAAUAUCGCAUUCAGACCUCCGAAUCAGAGCAAGCCAUUGAGCAGUCAACCCAAGCUGGGCGUCUCGAACAGGCCACCCGGAGAGAGCAGGACGCAAUCCAGGCCCGCGAAGCCUCGGAAAGAGAGCACGAGAAACUAGUGGAAGAAUUCAGGGCGACGAAAAGAGAGCUCGAGGAUGUCCAAGAGUCUAUCGACGUCGACAAAAAGGCUUGGGAACGCAAGACUCGCGAGGCGCAGGACAACGUGCGUCUCCUCCAGGAGCAGGUGGACGACCUCACAGAUGCCAAGGAAGAGGCGGCCAGGAUAGCCGACAAGAAAACGAAUGAUCUACAGGCGCAAAUUACGUCAAUGCAAACUUCGCUGCAAGAAAUCGAGCAAGACAGCAGCGCAAAGGACACCGCGCUGCAGGAGGCACAGGAAGAGCUCAAUGCCCGCGAUGGUCGCAUCUCGGAACUUGAGGCCGAUGUACUCCGACUGAAGGCGCACAGCGGCGACAUGGAAACAAUGCAGAUCAUCAGAAAGGAGCUAUCCGAGCAAGUGGAAUACAUUCGAGAUCUGGAGUCGAAGAACCGGCAGCAACUCUCCGAGCUGAAGCAUCUGCGCGCAAUGGCCAAGUCUGUUGAGGUAGUUGAAGAGGAGAAGAGGUCGCUGCAGCGCAAGGUCGAGUUUGCUCAGAUGCUCGAGCAGGAGCUCUCCGAAGAGCGCAUGCAACGUCAGAGGCUUGAGGACGAGAGGCUGGCUUGGACAUCGUACCUCAAAUCCGAGACUGGUGACGUCGAGUUCAAGUCGCCUGAGUCGUUGGCUCGCGCUUACACUGAAGAGCGUUUUACGUCUGCCUCGCACGUCGAACGGAUCGGCGCCCUGCAAGCAGAGCUGAGCUCGCUACAGAACACGGUGCGCUCCCUUGAGGAAGACAGGUCAACGCUGCGGAACCAAGCGGAGGAGGCCAAGUCAGCAGCGACCUCACUCACCGCCGAUAAGGGUCGCAUGCGACUAGAGCGACAGCGAGCACUGGCCGUCAAGGAGGUGGAGUACCUCCGUGCCCAGCUCAAGACAUACGAUGUGGAGGAUCAGACUUUGGAGACCGAAAAUUUUGACCAAGCCCGCGUGGACCGAGUCAAUGAGCUAGAAAGGAUUGUCGACGAGUACAAGUCAGAGGUGCAGAACCUCCACAAUGAACUGGCGAUGGCGGAGGCUUCCAAAGGAGCCGAGCUCUCCCCCCAGCUCAGUACCGGCAGCAAAAGGCCACGCGAAGACGGCAGUGCGAUGCAAGAACAGCUGGGACAGCUCACCAGGAAGAACCGCAAGCUUCAGGAAGAGAUUGGCACAAUGCAGACGCAGGUGGCUGUUCUCGAGAAGGAUCUCUCCGCCAACCGCGAACAGUUGGCGGCGGCCAAGGAACACAACGCGACUCGUGUUCUGUCCCUGCGGUCAAACCCGACGUCCGACUACGAAGGUAUCAAGCGCGCCACAUUGUAUGCCCUACAGAAAGAGAACAGAGAACUGUUGGCGACUCUGCAGUCGCGCAACGCCAACAAAGAAGCUGGCAUCAAGUACAUACCCAAGUCGGUGCUGGGAUCUAUGGAACGCGAGGUAGAAGCGGCAAAGGCCGAGACAGCAUCGGCGCAAAAGUCUGCGCGUCGGCUGAAAGAGGUCUGGGGCUCCAAAUCCCAGGAAUUCAAGGAAGCUAUCUUUUCCACCUUGGGUUGGACAGUUACGUUCAUCCCGAACGGCAAGAUGCGGGUGGAGAGCACAUUCUUCCCGUCACAGUCAGACGAACACGAGAACUCUAUUGUUUUUGACGGCGAGCGAGGGACAAUGAAGGUUGGUGGCGGCCCAAAGAGUGCGUUCGCCAGGAGAAUCAGCGACCAGAUAGGCUUCUGGGUGCGCGAGAAGGGUUGUAUCCCUGGGUUCCUGGCAGCGCUCACCUUGGAGUUCUACGAGGAGCACGCGAAGAAGUCGCAGGACUGA